AUGGCCAAAAGCAAUCAUUCAGCAGUGCCUGGAUUUAUCCUCUCAGGACUCACAGAUAAUCCAGAACUUCAAGCCAUUCUCUUUGGUAUAUUCCUAGUAAUCUAUUUCGCUAGUGUCCUAGGUAACCUUGGUUUGAUUGUGCUAAUCCAGAUCAGUCCUCAGCUCCACACACCCAUGUAUUUUUUUCUCAGCCAUCUGGCUUUUGUUGAUUUUUCUUUUACUUCGUCUGACCCAACCACCUUGGUGAAUUUUCUGCGUGAAGUUAAAAGUAUAACAUUUUACGCAUGUUCCAUUCAGGUGUGCGGCUUCAUCACGUUUGUAGUUUGUGAACAAUAUUUGCUUGCCAUCAUGGCCUACGAUCAGCACGUGGCCAUGGCAGCUCUUUAUGCCAUUCUCAUGCCUAGGAAACUCUGUAAUCAAAUCAUGGCUAGCACAUACGUCGAUGGAUUCACUGUGGGUCUACAGAUAGUGGCGACAUUCCACUGGUCUUUUUGGGACUCCAAUGUGGUCGACCACUUCUACUGUGAUGAUGUGCCGUUGGUGGCUCUGGCCUGUUCUGACACUCACAUCAAAGAGCUGAUGUUGUUAGUCAUCGCUGGGUUCAAUACCCUUUGCUCUCUGCUGAUUGUCAUAAUUUCUUAUGUCUUCAUCCUUGUUGCCAUCCUGAGGAUGCAUUCCGCUGCAGGAAGACAGAAAGCUUUUUCUACCUGUGCUCCGCAUCUGACCUCCAUCACAAUACUUUAUGGAACACUCAUUUUUGUGUACCUGCUGCCCAAGUCAAGCCAUUCUCUGAACAGAGAUAAAUUGGCUUUGAUGUUUUAUGUGGUAGUGAUUCCCGCGUUAAACCCAUUCAUCUACGGCUUCAGAAACCAGGAGGUAAAACACGCACUGAAAGGGAUUAAAGAAAAGUUGUGUUUGGCUGUCAAAUAA